AGCACCAGUGUGUACACGCUUCUACGCUAGCAGCAGUUAGUUUUAGCUCGAUACGAGAUAUCAUCUGUUGCUGAUUUUAUCUGUGGUCUGCGGAGGUGGCAGAGGCACUUCACGAGAUUGGCUCAGAGACUGCCCGCACCUUUUGAAGAGAGAGGCAGAGAAGACUACAAAGCCCUUUGGCGAGCCGUGGGGAAGUUACCUUGCUCAGCCCCCAAACUCGCGAUAUAAAGAGAAGAGGCUUCUAGCGGUUCGCCCUUUCUCUCUAGAGAGAGAAAGUGGGCACCACGGUGCAUCGCUGGACUUGGCGCAGGAGAAGUGAAGAAGCCAUCGCUUUUCCUCCUGGCUCAAGAGCUCCUCCGCACCCAACGGUUCUUCUUCCUUCUCCGCCUCUUUCCUUCAGGAGCUUCGGAGAGCUGUGGGGGAGCCCGGUCUGACUGGUCGCCGCCGCCGCCGCCGCCGCCUGUGAUUGACUGGUCGAGCGAAAAGGAGGCAGCGCGUUUCCUAUCUAAGAAAGGAAGCAGGAGAUAAGCCGGCAGCCUUUGAGUGACUGUAACGAGUAAGUGAGCGGAGCCCAGCCGGCCAAGCCGUGAGCUCGUGUGUUUGGUGGCUCCUCAGCGCGGGCCUCUUUCUCUCUGUGUUUCCCCUUCCCCUUAGUUCUGGGACAGCAACUUCUUCACUGAAGCAGCGGAGGGGCGAAAAGUGUUAGCCAGUAGUAGCAGUAGCCUCAACAGUGUAGAGGCACUGACUGACUCACCUCCGCCGUGUCCGAGCCUUGGCUAGUGAAAAGAGGCGGGAAGGAGCGAAUGGUCAAGGCAGCGUGCUCCUUUCUAGCUGUGCCCAGGCACCCUGUUUGCAUCUCCCCUCUGCAGGCACAACGCGACGAGCCGCGACAGAACAAAUGUAGCCAACCACGUAAGCAGGGUAGUUACACCAUGGUGUGGGCGUCCGGGCUGCCCUCCCUGCAAUGCUCAACUGAGGGAUUUGGCGUGGCAGAGAAGAUUGCACUGCUCACCUUUAUUUCUGCAGUUAUUCUUAUGGCUAUUCUGGGAAAUCUUCUGGUGAUGGUGGCUGUAUGCAGGGACAGGCAACUCAGGAAAAUCAAAACCAAUUAUUUCAUUGUCUCUCUUGCCUUUGCUGACUUGCUGGUGUCUGUUCUGGUGAUGCCAUUUGGAGCCAUUGAGUUGGUUCAAGAUAACUGGAUUUAUGGAAGGAUGUUCUGCUUGGUCCGCACAUCUCUAGAUGUCCUCCUCACUACAGCAUCAAUUCUCCACCUCUGCUGUAUCUCACUAGACAGAUACUAUGCUAUCUGCUGCCAGCCACUGGUUUAUAGGAAUAAGAUGACACCACUGCGCAUUGCUCUAAUGCUGGGUGGCUGCUGGGUAAUCCCAAUGUUUAUUUCAUUUCUCCCUAUAAUGCAAGGCUGGAAUAGCAUUGGCAUCAUGGACUUGGUAGAGAAAAGGCAGUUCAACAACGUGUCCAACUCAACUUACUGCAUAUUUAUGGUCAACAAACCCUACGCUAUUACCUGCUCAGUGGUCGCCUUCUACAUUCCAUUUCUGCUAAUGGUGCUAGCCUACUACCGGAUAUACAUUACAGCCAAGGAGCAUGCUCACCAGAUACGAAGUCUACAGCGUGCAGGGGCACCAACAGAUGGGAGGCCACACCACCCUGAUCAGCACAGCACACAUCGUAUGAAGACUGAAACUAAAGCAGCUAAGACCCUCUGUAUAAUCAUGGGGUGUUUUUGCUUAUGCUGGGCACCCUUCUUUAUCACAAACAUAAUAGACCCUUUCAUACAUUAUGCAGUUCCUGGUCAGAUAUGGACUGCUUUUUUGUGGCUGGGAUACAUCAAUUCAGGACUGAAUCCCUUCCUUUAUGCAUUCUUGAACAAGUCUUUCAGACGUGCCUUCCUCAUCAUCCUGUGUUGUGGUGAUGAACGAUACCGAAGGCCUUCCAUCUUAGGGCAAACUGUCCCUUGUUCCACCACUACUAUAAAUGAAUCAACUCAUGUGCUAAGGUACACAGUCUUAUACAAUGGGCAACACCAGGAACAUGACAAGCUUCCAAUCCACAAUGACCCAGAAUCCCAAGAGUCUUGCUUCUGACUAAGGUCCCAGAAUGUGAUCUACCAUGCAGGACAGUUGCAAGAUGAUCAUGCACCAGGAACCUAAUGCCAGAUCAGUGUUAUCUGUAUUGCCAUGAUGCUCUUCUGUACUGAUUUGUCAUCGGCAGCAACAGCAAGGGUGUGCUUAUCGAAGGGAAGGAAUAGGCACAGUCUGCAGGGGAGAAAGGAGAUAUUUUUGUUUCUGCAGAUUGAUACCUGGAAUGCCAUAGCGCUUUGCAUGCGAUGAGCAAACAGUAAGCAACGUAUGUGAUGGUUCUUGCAUUUGCUCCAAUUGAUGUGUCUGUACACAUCUUUUUUUGUUGUUAUGUGGCAACAAUAGUUUAGUUAGUUUAGUUUAAUUUCAUUUAUAAACCGCCCAUAACCAACGGCUCCCUGGGCGGUGUACAACAUAAGAAUAUAAAUCUUCUCCCCAAGUUUGACUCCUAGUGCCAAUAUCAAACUUUGCUUUACCAAAAAAAGGAAAGAAAAUGAAAAACUGAUACUUAAUUUUUCUCAGCUAUUUUUAAUUGUGAGGUUUUCACUCAAGAAACAUACUGCCCCAACUGUGCAAGAACAAAGGUAACAGUCAUGCUGUGCGUGUUCCCUCACCCUAGGGUGUCUCCUGGCCAAAAUAUGCCAAGGAGCACAAAUAGCCCGAGCAGAAUGGGAAAUAUGGCCUAGGGAAAUGGAAUUGAUUGUGCCUAUGAAGGGAUAGUUUAUGCAGCUCCCACGAAACUGAUAUACUGUGCACAAGGUGACAAUUAGACAACAAACAGUCACAGUUUCUACCACUAAUAUGUCUCCAUCCACCUCCUCACACAUUGUCAAUGAGAUCUCUAUUUGGGUAAACUCUGGGCAGUGCUGCUAUGAAGGCAGGGUUGGUCAGGAGGCAGAACCCUUAAAAAAAUAAUAGGUCACCUAUAAUAGUUUGCUACAUGCCAUCUUGAUGUUCAUGUACAUCUGAAAACCCUGUAUAGCUGAAGGCUGUGCUUAAAAAAUAGCUCUCCUUGGGUUCAUUAACUCAUUUACUUCCUCUCACUCAGUUUUGUCAAAAGCUUGGUCAGUGUGAUGUGUGGACUUGAGCAUCUUUGGGUUUAUCAGUGUUUGCUGAUGAUCCCAAGUGGUAAGAGGAUCAGAGUGCCCAGGUCAGGUGGGAGUAAGCAGCCAGCCAGGUGGGAUCCAGAUCCAUACUCUGAGCAGGGAAAUAGGUGCCACAUGCUUUGCCAUUGCCAGCAGCUGCUGCUAAUGUGAGGAAGGAUGGCAAGCGAAUACGCAUUCUGGCAGGGUCAUCUGGUAGGAGAUAUACUACUCAGGAUGAAGAGCAGGUCCCAGGGUUGAGGUGUUAUUGAGCCAAGUGAAGUUUCAUUGGUUCCCUGGGGCACUUGAACAGCUGCUGAGUCAGCUGGCGUGACUUGGAAUGCUGUUUAUGUGGCACUCCUUCAGUCGAGAUGUGCUCGACUGUUUCUCUGUGUAAUUGUCCCUCUAAAAGGAUGUCAACCAUGCUUAUAUCAAUGAUGUCCUGCAUGCAGAUGUUACUACUUGCCUUGUUUGUGGUAUUCCCAUUUUCUUUGCACGCUAUAUUGAUCAGCUUUGUUGUAGAGUGAGGGACACCAGGAGUUUGAUUUUCAUGUCAUUCGAAACGUACAGAUCCAGGCAUAGAUCUGUACUCUCCUUUGCUGAAGAACUAACCCAAAGAUAACAACCUGCUCUGGCCAACAGGUAUUUUGUUACAUUGUAUAAUUAUGUACAGAGUUUUUUUAAAAAAUGUAUAGAAGAAAAAUGGGCAUUAUUUGUUAUUAUUUCAAGGGAAUUUUUAUUUUAUUUUCCCAAGAAAGGCUUCUAAGUGUAGAAGCUAAAACAUUAUCAUUAGGGUUGUUUUAAAUUUAAUUUUAUUGUUCUGUUGCCAUGUGACAGUUACUCACUGUUUUAAAAUAGGAAGAAAAAACACCAGUUUUUAUGACAGCACAAAAGCUAGUUAAAGGCCAUUUCAUUGGUCUUCUCUUGUUCGGAGAUCCGGUGAGGAUGAGUCCAUGGUUUUUUAUACCAGUGUUUCUCUAUAGACUCUAGGUGCAUGUGCAGCUGGUCCCAAACUAUGGCGGUUUAAACUGCUGUUUUAGUGCACUCGACCUCUGGAGUUCAUAUGCACCACAAACUACUUCACGCUGCUGGAUAGGAUCCACCUAGUCUGUGCAGUAUAUAGAUCUAGCUUUCCAGAGGAAUGCAUCCCUGAAAAAAUUGCUAGGGAUAUUUUGCAUGCUUGCUAUUAUGUGCUGUCAUGCCCAAAGGGAAGCUAUGAGUGACAGAGACGCAAGCUUUAUGAGCCACAGAGAAAACUAGACAGGGUAAUCUCACUUAUGUUUGAAAGCCAGAAGAGCCAAAAUGGGCCACGGUUGAGUGACUCACUUCUUGCCUACUUACCUUAGCUCCCCAGAAACCAGAGAACCUGGAAAGAGCAAGUCAUGCGGCACAAUGACAUAUCAGCUGCCAUAUAUACUUCACCUUUUUUUCAAGGUCACCCCGUGGCAUUUUGUGCUUGAAGUGAAGGAUAAGAUGGUGCCCCCUUACCGUCCCACAAACAGUAACUGUCUGGAUAGGUAGUUGAAUCUUACUUUAACACUGGUGACAGGAGUGUGCCCUCCACUACAGCUGAGACAGCAGGCUAGUUUAGGAUCCCAGCCUGUGUGGCACAUACAGUUCUGUCCUCCCACAGAGGGCAAUGAUUAGGGGCGGGACCUACUCAGAAACAAUAGCCAAAAAGCCUUCAGAAAUCAUAGCCAAGGGGCUGCUGCCUCCCAGUAUCUGCUGCUCACCCCAUUCUGCCAUCUCUGCCUUUUUUGGUGGCUGCAGUCACAGACUUCCACGUCAUCCUCUGCCAACCCCUCCCUUUCCAAACAGUUCCGUGGAUGAGCAUUCAUUCUGUUGAUCUGCACACUGUCUGUCAGAUGACAGCCAAAAGAUUACUUUCAUCAGUAUAUCAAAUCACCCUUACCUUGUUCGAGAGUAGCACUGCCCCAGGAGGUAUAGAUUCCUUGGGAAAGGCCCAUCCAAGCAGCCCGCCUUAGAGAUAAAGCACCUCUUAUGCAGCUAGAAGGUAUCCUACCUUUUUUUUAUGUAUACCAUGUCCAGUAAUCUGAUUAACUAGAUUUGAUUAAAAAUCAGGUCUAAGAUUUGUGCCCUUGAUAGCUCAUAUGUAAGCUUGGCUGAAUCUGUUUAUUAUUGUGAACAAGUGCAGACUCCUUUAUCUGACAUAUUUGGAGGACAUGAUUUUCUGUUGAA